AUGCACGACCACACCGAGAAGCUGCUGCGGUGUGUACUCCUGUUCCAUGAUCCAUCCACCAGCCAUGUGUGCAAGUGCAACACCUCACCAACCCCAUGGCAGGCGGGCAUUGGAACGGACGCCACGAUGCAUGACCACACCGAGAAGCUGCUGCGGUGUGUACUCCUGUUCCAUGAUCCAUCCACCAGCCGCAAGUGCAACACCUCACCAACCCCAUGGCAGGCGGGCAUUGGAACGGACGCCACGAUGCACGACCACACCGAGAAGCUGCUGCGGUGUGUACUCCUGUUCCAUGAUCCAUCCACCAGCCAUGUGUGCAAGUGCAACACCUCACCAACCCCAUGGCAGGCGGGCAUUGGAACGGACGCCACGAUGCACGACCACACCGAGAAGCUGCUGCGGUGUGUACUCCUGUUCCAUGAUCCAUCCACCAGCCGCAAGUGCAACACCUCACCAACCCCAUGGCAGGCGGGCAUUGGAACGGACGCCACGAUGCACGACCACACCGAGAAGCUGCUGCGGUGUGUACUCCUGUUCCAUGAUCCAUCCACCAGCCAUGUGUGCAAGUGCAACACCUCACCAACCCCAUGGCAGGCGGGCAUUGGAACGGACGCCACGAUGCACGACCACACCGAGAAGCUGCUGCGGUGUGUACUCCUGUUCCAUGAUCCAUCCACCAGCCAUGUGUGCAAGUGCAACACCUCACCAACCCCAUGGCAGGCGGGCAUUGGAACGGACGCCACGAUGCACGACCACACCGAGAAGCUGCUGUGGUGUGUACCUGUACCUGCAACACCACCCAUCCCCGCUCCCCCCCUCCUCAUGCAGGCGGGCAUCGGAACGGACGCCACGAUGCACGACCACAUUAAGAAGCUGCUGGACCGUUGCUAUGCCACCAAGGACGCCAACAUCCGCUUCAAGCCCACGCCCCUUGGCGAGGCACUGGUACUGGGGUACGACAACAUGGGGUACGAGCUGUGGAAGCCGCACCUGAGAGCACUGAUGGAGAGGGACAUGCGGCUGGUCAGUGAGGGGCGCAAGAGCAAGGCGCAGGUGCUGGCAGACACUCUCCGGGCCACCAAGGCCGCCUUCAUGGAUGCGAGGGAGCAGCAGCAGAAGCUGAUUGAUGCGUUGGCUCUCUUCUUUGAUAGAACCAAUCCAGCAGCAGAUGGAGGGGGGGGACAGGGCGGAGGAGGGGGAGGAGGGGGCGGAGGAGGGGGAGGGGGAGGGGGGCAGGUGGUGGGGGCAAUGGGGCCAUGCCCCAAGUGCCGCACUUCCCACCUCGUGUUGAAACAACGACCGGUGAGUGAGUCGGUGUUCAAGUACCUUUGA